GGGGCGAGGGGCGGCAGAGCUCUAGUCCGCGACCGCCAGCACACGAGCGCACCCGUAGUCACGCCGCGCGGCCGAGUCGAAGUGUUUCCAAGUAGAAUUGGGUUUAGACGGGGCUUCGCGCGUAGUGCGACCGGUGAAUGAAGUUAAAGAGUGCCAGUGCCGGUGCCGUUCUGCGCAUGUCGAGUGAAGUGUGCGAAAUACUGUGUUGAAUCGCGACCUCGUUCGCUCCUCGCACGGAACGGGCGCCGCCGAGAUCCAGCUUUCCACCGCAGCGUCGAAUCGAUGAGCGACCGCGCUCGACGCCAGUGACAACUGACAGCUCGCAGUAGGCACAUCGAUCGCCCGACCGGUUCUGUCCAGGCGAAUGGUGAUUGGAUGACGAUCUCGGGCCGCUCCCCGGAGCAGGAGCCGUCCCCACCACUCGUGGCCGCCGAGCCGCUGGUGCAGUCCGUGCGCGCCUACCUCGCGCACCAACCGCCCAAGCGCCUCGCGCUCCCCGCGCCCCCGGCGCCCACCGACCCGCCAGCGCCGCCGGCAGCCGCUCCCUGUGAUGCCGACGUAGUCGUCGAUACGGCACGAGAGGACAUCAAAGGUAUCAACUUCGAGCCGCGCCUCCGGCGUAAUGACCUGAACAACAACGCGUCGCGCCGCCGCCCAGACGCUGCGUCCCCCGCUAUGCCCAACCAGGCCGAGCUGAUGCAGCGGCAGCCGCUGCUGGCGCGUGGCGCCAAACCCGACGCGCCGCCCGCCACCGACGACUCCGACCCCGACCACUCGCCGCAGCGCGCGCAUGGAGAGUUCGUCGUGGAGCUCCCGCCGGGCGCCGUGCGCGAGGACCGCUACCCCAAGGAGAUCUGGAAGACGAUCCUCUCCUUCUUUUUCUUGUUCCUAUGCGUGUGCAUCAACAUGCUGUCGCUGUCCAUCGUGCACGAGCGGCUGCCGGACCGAAACACGACCGCCCCGCUCAACGACAUCGUGCUCGACAACGUCGCAGAGCGCGACUGGGGCCUCGCCGUGUCCGAGUACCUCAUAAUGCUGUCCACGACGGUCGCAAUGCUGGUGGUGGUGUUCCACAAGCACCGAUUCAUCGUAUCGCGUCGCCUGUUCUUCAUAAUCGGGCUGCUGUACCUGUACCGCUCGGUCACCAUGUUCGUGACCGUGCUGCCGGUGUCGAGCAGGACCUACCCCUGCAGCCCGAAGAGCAGCAACGACACGACGCCGCUGCUGAUCAUCCGGCGCAUGUUCUAUCUGAUCUCCGGAUUCGGACUGUCGAUUAACGGCAAGCACACGUAUUGCGGGGACUACAUCUACUCGGGGCACACAAUGGUGCUGGUGCUGAGCUACCUGAUCGUGGCGGAGUACUCGCCGCGCAAGCUGUGGCCGGUGCACUGGGCCAUGUGGGGCUCGGCGCUGCUGGGCGUGUCGUUCCUGCUGCUGGCGCACGGCCACUACACGGUGGACGUGGUGAUCGCGUACUACAUCACGACGCGGCUGUUCUGGACGUUCCACUCGCUGCUGGUAACGCCGCACCGUGCCGGCGCCGGGCAGCUGAUGAUCGCGCGCGAGUGGUGGUACUGGGCGUUCACGUACCUGGAGCGGAACGUGCGCGGGCCGGUCCCGCGGCGCUACGACUGGCCGCUACCGUGGCCGCGAACGAAGCUGUUCAGCCGGCUGAGCUAGUGACGCGAGCGCGCACCGCCGCCCCAGCGCGUAUGACGCUCACCUUCUGCGAGUGCCGCUUCAGCACCUGCAGCUCCUUGGGGCUGGUGCGCGUGCAGAUGGCCAGCGUGAGCGUGUAGUCGAACUGGUGCACGAUCAGAUUGAGGUAGACGGUCUCCUCCCAGUCGAUCUCGGGGUCGCCGAUGGGCAGCUUCUUGGAGUCCUUGCGGAACACCUCCACGUCCGUCUGCAACCGGCUCGAAUGUGAUAUCGUGCGAGACGAAGCUCCGUACUAUAACCUCGUAUGCUUUUAUUGUUACUUAGUGUAAGGACUCGGUUAACACUUGACGAACGAUGACUGUUGAUAAUUUUUGUUCUGUAAAUUGUAUAUUUUAUGAAGGGUUAUCGAACGAUCUCGAGUCUAAACAGAGUGUAAUACAUAUUUAUUAACAAACUAUACUGUGAUUAGUUUCGUGUACGGUAGUGUCAGUACAUACUCGAAAAAGUGCAUAGUCGCGUUGUAUUACCAGCCUAUUUUAAGGAAUAAUAUUUUUAUAUUGUUUAAACAAAAAUACACAACUGUUGUUUACGAAAAAUUUUGUAUUUUCAAUUUCUACUCUACGACGUAUUCUAAGUCCUAAUGGUGCUAAUCAAGAAGAACGUGGCAGUCGACGAGCACGCAAACACUCGACAACAGCACCGGCUCACUCUCACACAUUAUAGUUUCUUAGAUCGACCGUCACGGGGACUCGAUUUGUAGUCAGAAGAUAGUGAGAUGUUCAGUCUGUCCAGAACGAUGUACCUUAUAAGUUAGGGAGUAGACAUUCGUAGACUGCUUAAAGUGCCCAUUUAGCCCCGCAAUGCAGGCUCAAUAUAGCUAGGUGGAAGGGGCGGAGUCGGCUUUACCUCGUACUUGGGCAGGUAGCGGGAGGAGCCCUUGACGUGUCGCUUGCGCACGAAGAACAGCAGGUCGUCGCAGUCGAUGGAGCGCUCCUCCUGGAACAGGAAGUGGCGCACGAACAGGUCCGUCCAGUACGUCGUGCCCUGCAGCACAACGAACCCCGACUCUGCGCCACCACACCACACCACACUCAGAAACUGCUCAAUUGGAAAUAACCGCUGAAUGUGGCAGUCUCGUGAAUAUCUUUUAAAAGAAAAUCACUGCAAUUUUGUAAUUAUUUUCAAUUCCAAGAGCCACUAAUGAUUUUUGCAAGUGUAAAUUGUAAUCUUGUGACAUGUCAAGUGCCUUUUGAAUGUGUAUUGUUGAAACUGUACCUCCUAUGCGCCUAGUUGUAUUGCUACCUUUGAUUUAUUCUUAAAUUGCAGUUGAGUUUGUUUAGGACGUUAACACUUAACACUGCAUGUCAAUGUAAAUAAAAAAUAUAUCUUUAAUUAUUGAUUUCAAUAAAAUGAAAAGAAAAAAUUGUCAUUAAAUAAAUUGAAAUUUCUUUGCGCACUGUUAAUGUUAUGAAAUGUUUUUAUAUAAUUUAACAUUCUAUUAUUUAGUUGCAAAAUUAAGAUGUUUGCGACUGAAGCUCCUUUAUGUACAUAAUAUGCAGUUGAGGGGUUAUGCUUCUGCAACAAGCUGGCAACGUCACUUACUAUUAGUUGCGCCUUUGUGAUAGGAAAUUGCUCCAAAGGAUUGGGGACUAAGCAUUCAUUACACUAAAUGUAAAUAUGACUUAAUGUAUAUUGUAAUUUAUUAUUAUGUGCCCCCCUGUUAUAUUGUUGAGUUUAUGGUGGUAACAGUAAUAUUAAGGUAUCGGUGUUAAUACUGUAACAUGUACAAGUAGCUGGCCGUAUCACCAUAUGUGACUGAAGUGUAUGUGAAACUUACUACAAAAUGAGUGACAAGAGUGCCUAACAUAUUCAGCGCUUAACUUGAGAAAGGCUUUAAGCUGUGAGAUUGUUUUAAUGAGAAUAGAGUGUAAAUACUUUUUUACUGAUAUGCAAAUUUUUAACUGAUUUUGUACCUACUAUGAUAGAAAUAAAUUUUGCUAACAUGAUAAAACUGAAAGAAAAACAUUCCGAUACUAUUUUUAAGGCAAAUUAAACAGUUUCAUAGAAAACUUGAUCGAUCUUCCAUUGUGAUACUCAAAAAGCCAAUAAUGAAUUUCAGAUCAGCAGGUCUAAAAGGGCAACCUUGAGUAAAUUGUACAAUAUUUUCUUAUGAAUUAUAUUUAUAGAAAUCUGGCAAAAUUUAUGUUUCUUAGCUCAUCUUACAUGUACUUGUUUCACAACUACUGAUAUUGAACAAUAAUUAUAAAACGCUCAAAAGUGGCCACUUUAGACCUACAAGCAAAAUAUUUUUUAAGUUCUGUGUGAAACUCUAAUGCUAAUUGAGCAAACAUGAAAUGAAUGUAAACUGAUUAUUAUUAUAAUUGUAAUUUGUAACUGAUUGUUUUUAACACAGCUGUUGUAAUUUAAUGUUACAAUAAAUGUCAUUUUU